GUGCACGAUCACCACACACCGAUUGAAUUAAAGUCAAGAUGGCGACCGAGGGCGAAUACGAGUCGAUCCUGUGUGUGAAACCUGACGUCAACGUUUACCGAAUCCCGCCGCGGGCAUCGAACCGGGGAGUCAGGGCUGCGGAUUGGAAGCUGGACGCCCCUGAUUGGACAGGCCGCAUGAGAGUGACGGCUCGGGGAAAAGUGGCUUUCAUCAAACUGGAGGACAAGAUCUCUGGGGAGCUGUUUGCACAGGCACCAGUGGACGAGUACCCUGGCAUCGCCAUAGAAACCGUCAGUGACUCCAGUCGGUACUUUGUGCUUCGGAUCCAGGAUGAGAGUGGUCGCAGUGCGUUCAUAGGCAUCGGGUUCGGGGACAGAGGAGACUCGUUUGACUUCAACGUGGCGCUGCAGGACCACUUCAAGUGGGUGAAACAGGAGCUUGAGAUCAGUAAGCAGUCUCAGACUCCAGACAACACUCCUAAACUGGACCUGGGUUUCAAAGAAGGACAGACCAUCACUCUCAAUAUCGGGCAAGGCAGAAAGAGAGACAAGUCCCGCCCCCAAAGCGCUGGUGGCUUUGGGCUCCUCCCUCCUCCCCCUGGCGGUGGUGGUGCCAAGAUAGCCCCUCCCCCCAUGUCAAGCUCCUCCAAUGACAACGAAGGUUUAUUCUCAGGGGGAGACUUAUUCUCUGCGGGAAGUGACUCGUUUUCAGGGGGUAGUGACACAUUUUCAGGAGGAAACAACACAUUCUCAGCAGGAAGUGACAUGUUCUCAGGGGGAAGUAACACAGGCUGCUUGUUAGACCUGGACAGCAGUAACUCCAACUCUGUGGUGCAGCCGAACCCCAACCCUGCAGGCGGCUCGGACAUGUGGGGAGACUUCUCUGCCCCAGAAAAGUCAAUGUCUCCUCUCGCCAACGAUGAUGGUUCCACCAACUGGCAGCAGUUCUGAGGCCGUCCCACAAUCCCUUUCACUUGACCUUCACCUGACCUUUAACCCCUGACUAGAGGAGGAUUCCAGCAGAGCACUGUAUAUUAUCACCUCAACCUCAGUGUACUCUCUCUCUCUCUCUCUCUCUCUCUCUCUCUCUCUCUCUCUCUCUCUCUCUCUCUCUCUCUCUCUCUCUC